CUACACUUUUUUCUUUUGUUUAUAGAUCGGUAUUUUAGAGAUCUUCAACAGUGAAGUAUCUAAAAAUUUGGCUUCCUUCAAUAGCGAGCUUUUUAGAAUUUUUCGCUUAUUCUGUGUCAUCUUUGACCUCCAGCAUUCUAAAAUUUCUUUCUCAUCAUUCUUUAUUUCUUUGAGAUCUAAUGCUAGGGCUAUGACGGUGAUAGUGGGACUGGAGCAAUUAUGGUGGAGGGGGAUGGUGGAGAUGGUCGGAGUAUGGAUCGAUGGUGGAGCUGACGAAAACGGCAGGGCUAGCAGCGAGGAGGAUAGGGGCUACGGUGGAGGCGGUGGUGGGGACUUGAUGGUGGCAGGGGCAGGGCUGGGAAAGGAAGGAGUGGGGCCAUUCUCGCCGCCCACCGCCCACGAUCUAAGCUUCUUCCCCGCAGAGUAUUAUAUUCUUAUCCUCCUACAAUUUCUUCUUCCGUUACGGCUAUCGUCCUUCAACUUCGCAGGUAAGCAAAAGCAAGAACCAAAAUAUGAGUGGGAGACCAAACGGACCCCGAAGAAACCUAAGGAAAGCUCCCCUGAGGAGGAGGUCAAAGGAAGGGUAGAGUUGUUGUCUGAGGCUAAUUUAAAUCCAAUGAAGGUAGUUUCCGCAAGAAAAAAGACGCUCAUUAUUGACAACCUCGCUCCCCGAACCCAAGUAUCAGACAUAGUUGUUAGUGUUCGAAGAUUUGUAAACCACAAGGGCGGAAAGCUUAGCUUUAGCUCUGUUGAGUUUGCUUCUGCAAAUGAAGUAGAGAAGGUGCAGGAAAUGAAGAAUGGUGAAUAUUUGCAUGAUAAGAGGAUUACUCUUGGAUUGGCUAAGAUAACUCCAUACCCUCAAAGACCCAAGUAAAUUAAUCUUCCAUGUCAUGGAGAUUUGUUUCUAUAACUUGUUGUUAGAGCUUUGAUGCCAUUGCGUAAGAUUAACACAAUUAUUUUUGUUAAUUUGGUUUUGCACAGGACACAAGCUCUAACAAAUAACAAUAAGUUAUAGAAACAAAUCUCCAUAACAUGGAAGUUUUAUUUACCUGGGUCUUUGAGGGUAUGAAGUUAUCUUAGCCAAGCCAAGAGUAAAUCCUCUUAUCAUGCAAAUAUUCACCAUUCUUCAUUUCCUGCGCUUGCAAUAUAAAAGAUUUUCAUCAUAUAUAUGGAGAGCUCACACGAGUUUUUGAAAUUCGAGGUACGAAGACUGCAUUCAUUUAUUUUCAUCAUAUAUAUGGAGAGCUCACAUGAGUUUUUUAAAUUUGAGGUACGAAGACUGCAUUCGAAAUGAAUGCUUUCCGAUAGUAGAAGAGGAGAUACCUCCCCAUUUUUUGAGGUACCUAUUCUUAUCAUCUACAAAACCUUCCUUGAUCAGAAUAAACGCCUAGCUUUUAAUAUCAGAACUGUCGUCACUUAGCUAAAAGAUGACUUAUUUUAUGUAUGAAUCGUUACAAGUGUCUACGUUUUGUUAUGCAAUUUAAGUCUUUUUUUCUUCAUAGAGUCGCACUAACACACUUGGCUAUUAAAUUCAGGCAAUUGCAUCGAGAAAAAAGACGAUCUUUGUUGCCAAUCUCUCUCUCCAAACUGAAAUGUUACAUAUGUAGGUAGCACCUUUGAAAUCGUUCUCGGGGCAACUUUUUCAUGACUGAUAUUCUAUCUAUUUUUACAGCAUCAAUUUCUUCAAAGAUGUUGGAAGAGUUAUUAGUGUUCGACUUAUUGUAAACCAUAAGAAUAUGCAUGUGAGUUAUGGAUUUGUUGAGUUUGUUGGUUCUUAUAGUGCAAAGAAGGUGAGAGUAGCUCUGUGGUAUUGCUGAAAAAAAAUAUUGAAGUAAAUCAAAUGAUGUAUAUUGUAUACUCUUCAUGAAACAUAUACUAGUUUUUUGAAAGUAUGAUAGCUGAUUAAAUCCGCUACACUGUAGGCUCUGGAAGAGAAGAAUGGUGAGUAUUUGCACGAUCAUUAGAUUUUUCUUGAUGGUGCUAAGGCAACUCCAUACUCUCCACGUCCCAAGUAAAUGAAUUUGACAUGUUAUG